UGUGUGCAAGUACGUGACUCGGUGAGAACAGUCCCUGGACCGGUGCCCGCCAGCCGGGCGUGCUCGGUUUGUUUACGCAGGGCGUGCGUGUGUGUGUGUGUGUGUGCGCGCGCGCGCGCGCGCGCGUGUGUGUUCCCUGGCCUGCGUCCUGAGGAUCCUGCCCGAUGCGUGCGCGCGAGGUGUACUAUGGAAGGAGGGAGGAAGGGAGGGACGGAGAGAAGGAGACGGAGAGAGAGGCAGUCCGCGCACUCCCAGGCGGGUAAGAACCUGUGUGCCAGCGGUCUCAGCCCAGAGGGCACCUUCUGCAAACAUGUCUGUGGAUCCCUUAUCCAGCAAAGCCCUGAAGUUUCCCCAUGCACCCACCGUGCUGCCCCACAGAUCAAGCGCGAGCUCAGUGAGAACACGCCGCACCUGUCCGACGAGGCGCUGAUGGGGCUGUCAGUGCGCGAGCUGAACCGGCACCUGCGUGGGCUCUCUGCCGAGGAGGUGACAAGGCUCAAGCAGCGGCGCCGCACCCUCAAGAACCGCGGCUACGCUGCCAGCUGCCGCGUGAAGCGCGUGUGCCAGAAGGAAGAGCUGCAGAAGCAGAAGUCGGAGCUGGAGCGCGAGGUGGACAAGCUGGCGCGCGAGAACGCCGCCAUGCGCCUGGAGCUCGACGCCCUGCGCGGCAAGUGCGAGGCCCUGCAGGGCUUCGCGCGCUCAGUCGCCGCCUCCCGCGGGCCCGCCGCGCUAGUGGCGCCCGCUAGCGUCAUCACCAUCGUCAAGUCGGCCCCGAGCCCGGGCCCCGCCCCCGGCCCCGCCCCUGCCGCCUGCUCCUAGUGCCCAAGGCCCCCGACUUUGCCCCAUUCCCAAGCCACGCCCCUCCGACCCCAGCUCCCUUCCCAAAGUGCCUGAGCACAACCCUGUCCCCAGGUGCCAUUUCUCUGCAGCCCCUGUGGUUAUCACAGGUCCUCUCCCCAGAGUCUGUCUUCCUCAUGCAGCCCUUGAAACUGGGACCUAGUAGCCCUGGGAAGGGGCGACUUUGGCGAGAUAGAGGGUAGGGUGGGGCUGCGGUCAAGGGUCUCCCUUGGCUGAAAGUUCAGCCGAUCGGGAGGAUGGGAUACAGAGCAGUUUAAGUUAGAGAAGAGCCAUCGAGGAGAAGAGGGCCACCCCUCACUUUGUAAACUGUUUGCUUAGAUUGUGCCAAUGGCCCCUCCCCAUCCUCCUGGGAUGCAUCACUAGGUUUGACCCUGUAUUUGUCUUGUGGGACUGUCCAGCUGGGAAGCUGAUGCUCCCCCCUCCGCCUUGGGUCUGGGGAAAUCACCUAGUGAAGCCCAGUUAACAGGUGGGGAAACAGGUCUCCAGUGGAUGGGCCACAUGUGCUUAGUGGUUGAACUGGAUCCUAAAGCCAGGUUCUCCCACUGCUGUCUUGAGAUCCCAGCUAUGGUUGUCAGGGGGGCAGUGGACAGGGGCUGGAAACAGGUGGAAGGGCCUCCGUGGCCGGGGAGACGGCGGUGAGCCAAGGUAAGAGAAGUAGAGGGAGAGAGAAGGUGAUGCAGGUGGAAGAGAGGGAAGGGGCUGGCCAGCCAAAGAGGAAGGGGAAAUGAGAAGACAGGUCCUGGAGUCUUACAGCCUGGGGCGGGGGGGGUCCCACCUCUUCCCUGCAACUGUCCACCCCGGGGCGAGGGCUGCCCACUGCCAUUGAUUGUUUGGGGAAGCCCAGCCCAACCCUCCCCCUCCCCCCACUGUUUAUUUAUUGCACGAAUCUAAGUUAUUCUCUCCAGCUGAGCACUAGCGCCCACCACUCCCCCCCAGGAGAAGUGGCAUGGGGCGCUGAGCUGGACUUUAUAUUUUAUAUCUGCAAAUAAAUCACAUUUUAUCUUAUAUUUAGGGAAAGCCGGAUAGCAGCAACAACCCAAAAAUGUUUUUAAAAAAAUUGCCCGGCCCCCAGAAUUUAUUUAUUUUCUGACUUACAGUAAGCGAGUUACCCGCCUUCUGUAUUUUGUAGACUCUGAAUAAAGUCAAGUUCUUUAUUUCCAUAGUGAAGAA